AUGCUACUCACAUACGGCCAAGAACGAUCGCAGCGAAAGAGCGCAGAUGCCACCGUCGGCACUGGCCUGCUGGACCUGCCCACCGAAUUGCUAAUCGAAAUACUGAAAUAUCUCCAGAGUCGAGACAUAUUGCGGUGUCAAUCAGUAUGCCGCGCGCUGCGAGACAUCGUCGCUGGCUGUGUCGAACUGCAAUAUAUCAUCGAGCUGGCUGCCGACAACCUUGUUGACGGCACCCGGAAGCCAGGAUCCCCCUCCACCGCAGAACGACUUAAGCUGCUCCUCGACCGACGCAGGCGAUGGAGGGAGCUUGAUUGGACACAGAAGGUCGUCGUGCCAAUCCCUGGACAGUGCCAAGCAUACGAGUUCGUCGGAGGGACCUUUGCCAAGUCGAUGGGUACCGGUGACAACUGGACAGGUUCGAAGCACUUGAAUGUCACCUGGCUCCCUACCCGCGACGGCCAGGCCCGGAGCCUCGUUCGCGAAGAUCUGGGUGUGCCGACAAGAGAUUUUGCGGUUGACCCGUCGCAGGACAUGAUUGCUUUGGUGGAGAUGGACGAGCAUCACUUCGACUCCGUACAGAUCAAGGUACACAUUCGAACUAUCAGCAAGAACCAGAAACAUCCGCUCGCCGCCAAGGAAUGCUUGACUGCACCCAUUCCUUUCCAAGUCGGAACAUGCUUCAUACAGAUCGUCGGCGACGUCGUCGGCAUGUUCUUCUGGCUCCACGGCCCUGGACUUUUGGUGUGGAACUGGCGGUCUGGAGAGAUGCUUGUGGUGUGUUAUCCUCUCGGCGGAUUUGGAGCACUUCCGCUCGCUCAUCUGCCACCCCACAUGCAACAGUUCCGCUCAGGCUUUGACCUCCCGCCGGGUGCCUGGGACUUUGCUUUCCUGUCGAACCGCGCAUUCUUCCUCACUUCCACCAACGGCAGCGGUGCCAUCGAACUCUUCACAUUCGGACCUGAGUCCGUCCAAGCCUCCCCACCGAAGCACGUCGCCACUCUGCGCCUGCCCGAGGUCAAGGAGGGACGUGCAAUCGGGAACUUUUCGACGCACUCGUCACCUUUCCUCGGAGUCGAGAUGACGGAUGAUGUCCCCUUCACUGCAUCCCAGGAAGACCGCGUCCAUGUCAUGACGCUCACCUACGGCGAGCGUCAGCAGCGCUUCCACCUCUUCGUCAAGAACAGCUUCCUGCUGUCUCUCAUCUCGGACACGAAGAAGACACUCGACUGGAAAGACUGGGGCCCGAAGAACACACGCUUCUUCGAGCACAACGUCCAGUUCCAGUGGUUGCGUUAUGUCCACGGCCAGCGCGUCAUUCUGCCUCCCGUGCUGCCCACCGCUGGCGCGGACGUGACGAUGAUGUUCGUCCUCGACUUCAACGUACACCCCAGGCGGCGGCACGACCCUGCGCGCGACCUUCCUGUCGUCCCCCAAAGCCACACACACGACCACUAUGUCAGUUUCGCGCCGUCGGCGGUUGAAGGCGGCACGCUUUUCAAGUCUGACGUUGUCACCGAGCUGCCUUAUACAGUCUCGCACCGCACUGGAGCUUUGCGUUAUACCGGAUUCAUGAUCGACGACCAGCGUAUUAUUGGGAUGAAGGUGCGUCGACUAGCCAAAAACUCCGUCUUUUGCUCGAUAUCUGAAAUGACCACAGGACUCAGCAUUUGCAGAGGGCAAUUUCCAGGACAUUGA